AUGGACGGUGGUAUGUUUUAAUCUUAUUGGAUUGAUUGAUUCGAUUCGAUUCAACUCAGUUCAAUCAAAUUUUAAUUUCAAAAUUAGCAAAUAUAUCACAUUGAAGUUUAAUAAAUUGAUCGUAUAUCGUUCAAAGUUUGAUCGAUGAAAAAAAUAGAGUGAAUUUUUAUUGGCUCGGUUUUAUCAAUCAAUUAGUACAAGAACAAAGAUGGAAGGGGUCGAUUUUGAUGGAUUGAUUGGAUUAUACAGCAAUUAUUGAUGUUCAGAUCAAUUGGAAAUUUUAAUAAACAAAUGUUGAAAAUGUCAGUUGAAAAUGUCAAUUGAAAAUGUCAAUUUUCAAUCAAUUGAUUCCACCAGUUUUUUUUUUUCUUCAUACUCCAUCAAUUCAAUUAAAUCAUUACAAUCAUAUCCCAGAUCAAUCAAUCAAACCCAUUUAUAGAUCAAUAUUGAUUCAUUUCUUUAUACUUAUAUCACCCCUUUUUAGGCCAAUUUUUGAUAUUUUUUUCGUCCAAUGUUGAAUUUUACCACGGGCACACUACUGAAAUUUUUAAAAUUUCAAUGUUGAAUAUUUGCUAUAACCAAUAAAAUUAUGAUUACUAAUUAAAAAUUUAUUAUAGAAGAAGUAGCUGCUUUAGUUAUUGAUAAUGGUUCUGGUAUGUGUAAAGCCGGUUUCGCCGGUGAUGAUGCUCCAAGAGCUGUUUUCCCAUCAAUUGUUGGUAGACCAAGACAUCAAGGUAUUAUGGUUGGUAUGGGUCAAAAAGAUUCAUAUGUUGGUGAUGAAGCUCAAUCAAAAAGGGGUAUUUUAACUUUAAGAUAUCCUAUUGAACAUGGUAUUGUUUCAAAUUGGGAUGAUAUGGAAAAAAUUUGGCAUCAUACUUUUUACAAUGAAUUAAGAGUUGCUCCAGAAGAACAUCCAGUUUUAUUAACUGAAGCUCCAAUGAAUCCAAAAUCAAAUAGAGAAAAAAUGACUCAAAUUAUGUUUGAAACUUUUAAUGUUCCAGCAUUUUAUGUUUCUAUUCAAGCUGUUUUAUCAUUAUAUUCAUCAGGUAGAACUACUGGUAUUGUUUUAGAUUCAGGUGAUGGUGUUACUCACGUCGUUCCAAUUUAUGCUGGUUUUUCAUUACCACAUGGUAUUUUAAGAAUUGAUUUAGCUGGUAGAGAUUUAACUGAUUAUUUAAUGAAAAUUUUAUCAGAACGUGGUUAUACAUUUUCAACUACUGCCGAAAGAGAAAUUGUUAGAGAUAUUAAAGAAAGAUUAUGUUAUGUUGCAUUAGAUUUUGAACAAGAAAUGCAAACUUCAUCACAAUCAUCUGCUAUUGAAAAAUCAUAUGAAUUACCAGAUGGUCAAGUUAUUACUAUUGGUAAUGAAAGAUUUAGAGCUCCAGAAGCUUUAUUCAGACCAGCUGAUUUAGGUUUAGAAGCUGCUGGUAUUGAUCAAACUACUUUUAACUCAAUUAUUAAAUGUGAUUUAGAUGUUAGAAAAGAAUUAUAUGGUAAUAUUGUUAUGUCAGGUGGUACUACUAUGUUCCCAGGUAUUGCUGAACGUAUGCAAAAAGAAAUUACUGCAUUAGCUCCUUCAUCAAUGAAAGUUAAAAUUAUUGCUCCACCAGAAAGAAAAUAUUCUGUCUGGAUUGGUGGUUCUAUUUUAGCUUCAUUAUCAACUUUCCAACAAAUGUGGAUCUCAAAACAAGAAUAUGAUGAAUCUGGUCCAUCAAUUGUUCAUCAUAAAUGUUUCUAA